AUGCCGAGCAAGCUUAAAAAGGCUAUUGGGGCAGUAAAGGAUCAGACCAGCAUUAGUCUUGCAAAGGUUGCUAGCAGCACGAACCUUGAGGUUUCGAUAUUAAAAGCUACGACGCAUGAGAAUAUCCCAACGGAAGAACGUUACGUAGUUGAAGUUGUUGAUCUCGUUUCUUCGGAUAAAAGUUACGCGAAAUCAUGUGCCAGAGCCAUUGGCAAGAGGAUCGGGCGCACCAGGAAUUGGAUUGUUGCGCUGAAAUCAUUGAUGCUUGUUCUCCGAAUAUUUCAAGACGGCGAUCCUUAUUUUCCUAGAGAAGUCCUCCAUGCGACGAGACGAGGGGGGAAGAUUCUUAGCCUUGCUAACUUUCGCGAUGAGUCUAACUCAAGCCCGAAAGAUUAUACUGCAUUUGUGAAGGCUUUUGCUCUGUAUCUGGACGAGAGGCUGGACUGCUUCCUUACCGGGAAGCUUCAGAGGCGAUACACGUUUAAGGAUACGGAGAAUGGGGGGCAUAGGAGACACCAGAGACAGAAUGAGGCUAUCCGGGAUAUGAAGCCACCAAUGCUGCUUGACAGGAUCGUAUUCUGGCAGCGAUUGCUUGACAGAGCGAUUGCUACGAGUCCGACUGGUGCAGCCAGGACUCACCGGUUGGUCUUGAUAGCUCUUUACGCGAUUGUGCAGGAGAGUUUUGAUCUUUACAGAGACAUCUCUGAUGGACUCACUCUUCUUCUCGAAGGCUUCUUUCAGUUGCAGUACAAUUUAUGUGUCAAUGCUUUCGAAGCUUGUGUUAAGGCCUCAAGACAAUAUGAAGAGCUUAUCGAAUACUAUUCGUAUUGUCAGAGUUUAGGGGUAGGCAGAACUUCUGAAUACCCCAGCGUUGAAACAAUAUCUCAGGAGCUGAUAGAAACAUUACAGCAGUUCUUGAAAGACCAAUCGGCUUUUCCAGCAGUUGAGAAAACUCCGGAAAUGCUAGCUCUCCCAGCACCUCCAACGCCAAACUCCUCGAGACAUGAAACUUGUGAUAGCUAUGGUGGAGAGUCUGAGCUCUCUGAAUUCUCCACGAGUAGAUAUUCCGGGGGAGUUUCUGAUUUCGGAUCACAGUGUACAUCAUUAGAGGAACUGAUGAAUGUCACAGAUACAGUAACAAGACAGGGGAUUUCCAUAGACCUGGAGACUUAUAAUACUGGACAAUUUGAUAAUCACAAUCAACAAGACGAGACACUAAGAACAAGCGAUGCAGGUUCAACUCAUUCAUUACCUGAAUUAAACGCAAUGGCGGAUUUCCUAUGUUUAGAUGAUUGGCCCGAGCAAACACACAAAACAGAAUCCGAGCAACAUCAGAGUUCAGCUUCCGGUUGGGAUCUCGUGCUUGCAGAAGCCAUGAAACAACCAUUACAUCAGCUGGAUCCCGAGGAAUCAAAUAGAAAUGCAUUUCCUCAACAAGAACAAAAAGAACAAGAGACAAGCUCAGCAGAUAACUGGGAGCUUGUGCUAGCAGAAACCAGCUCACAACCGAUACAACAAAUGCCAAAUAUUAACUUUUCACUGGAUAAUUUGUAUAAUCAGUCAGCAGUAUUCCCACCAGAAUAUGCAAACAACCCAGAAAAUCAGACAACAUUACACUUAGAGCCUGACAAACCAAACAAUUUUGAUCCCUUUACAGAACCCGAACAUAUAAACGGGCAAGAUACGAGUUCAGGACAGGGUUGGCAGCAGGUGCUAGCAGACACUGCAACACAACAAUCGCAGCAACAGCCAGAUUUCAUUUCAUCAGAAGACAAUAUGUCUAAUCAAACAGAAACAACUUCAACAGUUACUUACAAUCCAUUUCUGGAAGACUUGAGCGGAUUAGAUACUGUACCUAGUAUUGCAGAUCCAACUACGGAUGCUGGUCUAGAAAAUUUCGAGCCAGGUUUUCAGACCAAUGAUGCAAUUUCAGCAGCGCCUAUGUUCCAAGAAACAACUCCAGCAUAUGCACUGCCUACAUUUCAAGCAGCAGCCCCGACAUUUUCAGCUCAGAAUCCAAAUGAGAAUGACCCUUUCUCUGAUCUGCCCACUGAACAAAUGUUCAACGCGUCCAUUAACCAACAAAAUUUGUUGCAUGAACAACAGUCGUGGUUGCAGCAACAAAAUGAGAUCAUAGCAAAACACAUGGCUUAG